UCACAAUAAACUAAUUAAGUUUUCCAAAUAUUUUUUAGCCUGGAAAACAUCAGCCAGACGCAUAAAGCACUUUAUAGGACGUAAGUUGAUUUUAAUCUCUGCAUUUAAAUCAAAAAUGGACGAUAACCACAUGCAAAGAAAACGAAGACACAAAGACAGUUACGGAUCAGAUCGUUAUAAGAAGCAUACCAACAAAGAUGAAAGAAACUGGAGGCCUAAUAAUUACAUGGAUGAGAAUAGAUAUGGGAGGAAUAUGCAAAGCUCGAAUAGUCAUCAUAGAGAUAAAUCACAUGAUUGGGAUAUACAGGUUCAUUUGAUUGGCAAAAAAGUAAGAGACCCAAUGAUUCACGUCUGUGAGACAUGUUCUUUACCAAUACGUAGCUAUGGAAGAAUGAUACCUUGCAAACAUGUAUUCUGCUUUUCUUGUGCAAAGAAAACUGAUAACAAUUGCCCAAGAUGCAAGGACAGUGUGCAGAGGAUUGAGCAGUGCCCUCUUGGAAGUGUAUGGCUGUGUUCUUUAACAAAUGGAUGCAGGAGAACUUACUUAUCCAAGCGAGACCUACAAGCUCAUGUGCAGCACCGCCACAGUAAAAUCCCCCCAACCCCAAUCAUCCCCCCUCCCCAUCCACUUGUAAUGCCCCCAGUAAAUGUGGGUCGCCCGCCCCCUAUCACAGUACCCCCGCCACAACUGAUAAUGCCUGCUAGUUCAGUGAACCUAACUAGACCAGCUGUAUCAAUUCCCCAUGCAGUAAUUGCACAGCAGAAAGAACCCGUGGCCAUUCCACGCUCAAGUAACUUGAUAACUAUCCAAAUACAGGACAAUCAAAACCAACCGCCGAGACUGCCCAACCAGCCACAAGGUUUUCAACCGAACCAGUGACAAUUUUGGCAAUAAAAUUAAAUACUGUAUUAAACACAUUAAACACUUAGUCUUGUUAUUGGGAGAUUUGACUAUGAUAAUUUUUAUCGUAGUUGUUGUGUGCAACAAAACAUUGCCGGGUGUAUAAUAUUUCUUAUGAAUUAUGAAUAUAUUUCCGCUGUUACUACAAGACGUUUUUUGCUACCCAAACUUUUAUUGACACAAAAGUCUAGACUUUUACAGAUAUUUGAUAAAAGGGUGUCACUUUCCCGAUAUUAUAAAAGGACUCUCCGCAUAGCAAAAAACAAGUAUACAUCCACCAUUUUUAUUUAUGCUACUAUUUAAAAAUGAAUUCAUGCAGAACAAUCAUUGUACACUUCAACUUCAUUGUUUUAUAUACAAAUUCACUCCAUUUUCUGUCAAAAACUUACCAACUUACAAGUUAAUAAACUGUUAUAAUGUGUCUCUUUUAAG